UGGUGAGACGGCGCAGGUGGACCGGACAGUUGCAACUGCUGAAAUUUCAGGAUAACCUACGUACUUAUGGCUGAGGAUCAUGCGCAGCUGGCCAGCAUUCCCAAUGGAAGUCUGCUCUGCAACAGCAGCAGCAUGGAAAAGAAAAUUGGGAUUCAGUCAGUAGGUGGGAAUCUUGACAAAGAAGAAAAUUAUGGAAAACCUCUCCUCCCAGGAACGACAGUAAGGGAGUGGGACAAGCAGGGCACAGCUGAAGACCUGAGCAAUGAGUCAACCACACAUCUGGAAGAAGUGAGAGCUGGAAAAGCAAAAGAGAUGUGUGGAGAUCAAAUGAGCAUGGAGGAAGGGCGGACUGGAAAGCAAGAGAAGGAGGAGGAGGAGAUCACUGGGAACGAUGGUCAAGUGAGUAGAAAUGAGACAAUGUCUGAAGAGAGGUAUCGAAGUGAAGACCAGAAAGGUCAGAGAAUGAGAAAAUAUGAGGAAGAUGUCAGAAAAGAGUUAGUGGUGAUUAUAAAGGAUGAGGAGAGACUGACUGUGAAAGAAGAAAAAGAGAGUGAGAACAGACAAGUAGUGCAGAAGAAAGUAAAACAAGAUGAGGAGGGUGGAAACGUGAUAACAACAGGUGAGGAUUGUGGAGCUCAAACUGAGGAGGAAGAAGAGAUCAAAAUCCAUAAUAAAGAAAAUAGUCUCAGACCAAUUACUAACAAGGAGUCUAGAAGUGGAAAUGAACAAGAGGAUGAAGAGAAAGUCCCUGGGCAAGACAAAGAAGAGGUGUACCUGGGAACAAAAGAGGAUGAAGAUAGGAUUGAAAUCCUUAAUGAGGAAAGUGGGAUAUGCCCACUCAUUGACAAGGAUUGCAGAGGUGAUAACAAACAAGAGGAUGAGGAGAAGGUAACUGGAAAAGGAGAAGAAAAGAGUGGAGGAAUUGCAGGGAGGUGCACUGAGAGUACAAAGGGGCUUAAAAGAGCAACAAUAACUAAAGGUGAGCCUACUACUGAUGACAAUAAACAAGAGAAGCAGCAGAAAGUCCCUGUCAAUGAUGAUGAUGAAGAAAUUGGAAGAGUGGCAGAAGUGGGUCUGGAUCAAAACGGGGGAGAAACAAAGCUUGAAAAGUGUAAGGAACAAAGUGGAAAACAAACAUUAACUAAAGAGGAGUCUGCAAAAGAGAAUAAACAAGAGGAGGAGCAGAAAGUUCCUGUCAAAAAUGAUGAAGAAAUUGGAAAAAUGGCAGAAGAGGGCCUGGAUCAAAACAAGAAAGAAAUAAAGCUUGAAAAGUAUAAUGAACAAAGUAGAAAGGAAGCAUUUGUUAAAGAUGAACCUACUGAGGACAAUAAACAAGAGGAGCAUCAGAAGGUUCCUGUGACAGAUAAUGAAGAAAUUGUAAGAGUUGUAGAAGACAGCCUGGAUCAAAACGAGGGAGAAACAAAACUGGAAAAGUGCAAUGAACAAAGUGGAAAAGUAGCACUCAUUACUGACAGAAAAAAACAGGAGGAUGGACAGCAGGUCCCAGAAGAUUAUGAAGAAAACAGAAAAGUUCAAGAGCAGUGCCUGGAUCAAAAGGAAAUUCAAACUGAUAAUCAACAAAGUGAAAAGGGGUCCAUAAAUCAAUAUGCGUAUACUGAAGAAAACAAACAAGAGGAUGAGAAGGUGGUCCAUGAGAAAAGUGAAGGAGAAAGCAGAAUCUUUACAGAACAUGGGCUCAAUCAAAAUGAGGACAAAGACAAGGUUAAAAACCUUAAUGAAGAAAGUGAACAAGAAAGAGUAACUGAAGACAGAGGUACUGCCAAAAAUAAAGAAGAGGAUGAGCAGAAUGUCCCUGGGAAAACUGAAAAAGUGAGUGAAAACAUGACAAAGGUCUGCUUUGGAAAAAAGGAGGAAUUUAAAAGCAGUAAUAAAGAAAGUGAGGUGAAAACGCUGAAUGACGAGGACUGCAGCAGUUGGAAUGAAAAACAGGAUUUAGAGAAGGUUACUGGAAGUGAGAGACUUACAGAGGAGUGCCAAGGUCAAUAUGAUAGAAAAGAGGAAGUAAAAACUCACUGGGAAGAAAGUGGGACAGGAACACCAGGUAAAGAGGAGGACACUGAUGAGGGGAUGGUUCCCAGGAAAAAGGAAGAAGAGAGUGAAAAAACUGAAAAUUGUGAAGGAGAAGAUGUGGAAAAGCCGGGGAUUAAACACAAUCUCCAAGAACGUGGAAGAGAAACGCAAACUAACACUGAGAAAACGUGUCAGAAUGAACAAGAGGAUACGGAGAAGAAACCUGAGAAUGAUGAAAAGGAAAGUGAAAAAGAUAAAGAAGAGUGUCUGGAUCAAAUCGAGGGGAAACAUGAGGUUAAAACUCCAAAUGAAGAAAAUGGGCAAGGAGCAGCAACUAAAGACGAGCACACUGAUGAAAAUAAACAAGAGGAUGAGCAGAAGGUCCCUGAGACAGAUAAAGGGGAAAGAGGAAGAAAUACUCACAUGUGCCUGGAUGAAACUAAAAAACACAAAGAAGUAAAUGAAAGAGAAACUAAAGUGGUAAAGGAAAAACAUGGGAUUCAAAAUCAGGAGGAGGAGGAAGAGGAAGAUAUGGACACUGGGGACACUGCCAAAGAGAGAAGAAGAGAAAUAACAGAGAAACUUGAGGGACAAAAUGAAGAUGACAGUGACACCAAAAAACAGGACAAAGAGAGCUGCCAAGAAGUGUUAACUGUAAAUAAAAAAGACAACCAGAGUGGGAAAGAGCUUGAAAUGUCAGAGGAGAAGUGUGCAGCUCAAAAGAAGGAAGAACAAGUGGCGGUGGAAGAGCGCAGGCUUAAGAAUGAGGAUGGGGAGAUCACUGACGAAUGUGAUGAAGAGUGCAGAAAAGAGAAGAACUUGAGUGAAGUUGAUGUCCACAAAGAAGAAAGUGACAGAGAAGGUCAUCAUGAAAGCACAAAGAAGGAGUUUGGGAAUGAGAUGAAACUUGAGGAUCAAGUAGAUACAGGAGAAGUGAAAUGGGAAGAAGAAAACAACAUGGAGGAAUUGAAGCUAUGGGGGAGCAAAUCUGAAGAUGUGAGCCGUGAACCUGGGAAGGAGAAAGGCAGGGAAAGCAAGGUGGAACAUGAAGAAGGUGGAGAAGAUGGUCAAGGCCAGUUGGAGUGGCACACAGUGGUGUGCACAGCUUCCAGAGGUGAAGGACACGAUCCCAAGAAUAAGGGGAAUGACAAGGAAAGAGAGGUCUGGAGCCGGCCAAAAGAGCAGAAGAUGGGGGCAGAGCACAGUGAAGGAGAGCCAAAGGCUGAACCUGACAUUAUAAAGAGUAAGAAAUAUAAAGCAGCAGAAGAAGGUACACGGGUGGGAUCAACUGAUCCACAAGUGGUCAUCACCAGUGAGCAGGUCAAGGGUCCAGCAGAAGAGAUAAGCCCAGUUUCCACCAAAGACAGUGAAGGGCCACUGGCACUUUCCAAGUCAGAUCUGUCUGAGAAUGGAGAAGAUGAACAACUGCAUCCAAGAGGUUCACAAGCAGAGGCCCUGGCAGUGGACCGCCUUGGAGACCCUCAAGAGUGGGACAUCUCGCUGUACGUCAAGGCUGGGAGUGAUGGCGAGAGCAUUGGAAACUGUCCCUUCUCCCAACGUCUUUUCAUGAUCCUGUGGCUGAAAGGAGUCAUAUUCAACGUCACCACCGUCGACCUGAAACGGAAACCAGCCGACCUGCAAGACUUGGCCCCAGGAACAAACCCUCCAUUCAUGACAUUUAAUGGGGAAGUGAAAACGGAUGUUAACAAGAUCGAGGAAUUCCUAGAGGAGAAGCUGGCACCACCCAAAUAUCCUAAACUAACAGCGACCCAUCCUGAGUCCAAUUCAGCUGGAAAUGAUGUUUUUGCAAAAUUCUCUGCGUAUGUCAAAAAUACCCGAAAGGAUGUCCAUGAGAAUCUGGAGAAGGCUCUACUGAGGGCACUACGGAAGCUGGAUGAUUACCUGGUCACCCCUCUACCUGAAGAAAUCGACGCUGACAACAUGGAGGAACUUUCCGUGUCCAAGAGGAGGUACCUGGACGGAGACGAGCUGACGUUGGCUGACUGUAACCUUCUCCCCAAACUGCACAUCAUCAAGAUUGUUGCCAAGAAGUACCGCAAUUUCGAAAUUCCCAAAGAGAUGACUGGAAUCUGGAGAUACCUGACCAAUGCGUACCAAAGGCCAGAGUUCACAAACACGUGUCCGGCUGAACGAGAGAUCGAAUUGGCUUACCUGCAUGUGGCAAAGAAAAUCAAGUAACAGAUAACAUGUCCAGACUUUUGGCUUGGGUUCGGGUGGGUGAAAUGCAGUCAGGGUCCAGCCUGAAAACAAAAUGACCAAUCUGUCGAGGAGAGAUGGUGCGGCCCAAAUGGAGUCUAAAGUUUUUGUUCACCAUGAUGAUGGAAGAGCUGUUUUAGCUACAGGAAGUCAGGAUGGCACAGGGCAGCACAGCCAACUCUUCACACUCUGGGAUUACACAACCUUCACCUUUUAGUGGUCUUCACGUAGGCCAAGCAGAGCUUACUUAACAAAGAUUCUCACCAAAGAAUGCGUCUGCCCGACUGCUCCGGCUCAAUUCUAUUCCACUUGUUUAAUGUUAAUCAUUUUAAAUACCGUGUCUAUAAAAGCUAUUCACUCCCUCAAAGUUUUCACAUUGUAUUCUUAUACAAAUGGCAUCCAAGU